AUGAUGAAUGAAGAUCAGAAGAAUGAGAAAUUAGUCGGUGCUGGAGUACCGUCGAUAUUUGAAUUGAUCGCACAAGACAGCUUAUCAGUUUCUAUUCAACAAGCUGUUUAUCAUAUCGUGAAGCAAUUUCCGUUAGUUCAUAUGCUUGUCAACUUUUAUCCAUGGAUCAAAAUAUUAUUCUCUACCUUUGCUUUCCUUCUUAAAAUUGCUUAUAUAUUAUCGUUAUGUAAUGUACAUUCACCGGAAUUAAAAUUUGCAAACGUACAUUUGGUGAAAUUUAGUCAAAUUGAUUUCGAUGAAGCAAACCAAAAGAGGGCUUGGCGGGUACUAGUUAUUUUAGCUAAUCUUCUUACUCGAUGCAUAAAUUUUGGUCUUUAUUUCAUCCAGUUUCUGGAUUUCUACUAUAAUAGCGAUACUGGAGAGAAUUUUCGCUUGGAGCAAAGAAUACGAAAAUGGAGAUAUCCAUCAGCACCUCACAAAAAAUUACGAGAAAAUUCUGUAUUACUUCUGGAAACGAACAAAUGCCCUUUGUGCUUACGACAGCGUAACAAUGAUACGGUGCUUGCUGUUUCUGGUUAUGUUUUCUGUUAUGGUUGCAUAUAUUCAUACGUGGAACGAGAGAAGAAAUGCCCAGUCACGAGUUUGCCAGCGAAUGUAGAUGAUUUGAUCAAGAUUUUUGUUCCCCCAGUGUAG